UAAUCAGUUAGCGAAUAAGCAUCAAGUGAAGUGAACACACAAUAUGACUCGCUUGACUGAAGAACAGAAACAAUUCUACCAAGAUAAUGGAUACAUAGUGGUGAAGAAUGUGUUGACGGAGCAGGAGUUGGCUGAGAUAACCGAGCAGUAUGACAAAUUGUUCAGGAGGAAGAACCAGGAGAAGAUGGAGAGCUCCUGGGUGGGCAGCGACGAGAACGAUAGGAAAAACGAUGGGGAAAUGACCGUAAAAGGCAUUCACAACCUUCAGUACCACCACGCCGUGUUCUCCAAGUUCCUGUUCAACGAGAACCUUCUAGACGCUUUAGAAGAUGUGAUGGGUACCGAGAAUAUCGUGCUGCACCACACCAAAUGCCACUACAAGCCGCCGGAGAAAGGUGCUGCUUACCCUAUGCAUCAGGACUAUCAUUACUUCCCCUAUAAAAAGGAUUCUAUGGUCGCUGCAUUCUUGCACUUGGAUGCAGCUAAUCUUGAGAACGGUGGAUUAGUAGUGUAUCCAGGCUCACACAAGUUAGGACCUCAGGAAGAUAUCGGCGCUAAAGAAGGAAACUUUCAUUAUGUGGAUCAGAAAAAGUUUCCAAUAGAAGGCGCAACACCAGUGAUCGCCGCGCGUGGAGACGUGGUCAUCUUCUCCUACCUUCUCGUCCACGGCAGUCCUCCCAAUUUGUCCACUAGGCCCAGACGGAUGAUGCUGCUGCAAGCCGCGGCUGCUGAUGACCAGCCCAUAGGCCAGCAGCCGCUCAGGCCUGGCCAGGGCUGGCUACUCCGAGGAGUCAAUGUCGAUCGAGACGCCAGCAUAUCAAAGAGAUUUGAAUAAAGAUCUUUCAACUA